CUUUCUACUUGUCACCUGCGAUGUGGUCAAAAUUAAGCAGCGCACUCAAGAGGGACGAGCCUACAGACGUUUUAUCAAAAGUAUACGAACAACAUCCAAACUUGUCGGUAUUCCAUGAAUCAAAGAAACUAUCAAAAGUUAAAUCUCAUCUUCACUUGAGUCGUGCAUCAUCAGACGCUACUAGAGAAGAAUUCAACAGCGUACGAUCAAUCCUACGUGACCCAAACACACCAGGAACAGGACGAAACGUUCGUUUCUUCUCUCGCGAUGUAUACAAGCAAGACUCUUCCUCAGAACCAUCAUUCCCCGCGCGCACGACGCGUCCAUCAGCAAUGGAACUCUUCUCACCAGACGACUCCAAUCCAUUCGCACCAGACGAACAAGCCACUUCAACUCCCUUCAAACCACUCGAACCCUCCUUCGUCCUCUCCCCAACAACAUCCACAUUCUCAGACGAAAUAAGCAUUCCCCCAACUUCACCUCCACCACGCAGUCGCAGCCGCGCCCUCAGCGACACCGUAUUCCAAACAAUCCUCAGAAAACAAGCACCAGAAGCAGACAUCAACGAUACAUCAACCGCAUCUCUCGUUCUCGCUCCAGAACCAGACCCAUUCCGCGUAAACGCCACCACUUACUACACACCAGGAACAAUGAUCCCCCCUACUCCCCCUCAAGCAUCAACUCACAGCCGCACAACUAGCAAAGAUGACGACAUCCUAUGGAGCCUUCGUACUCAACUCGCUCUCUCUCAAGAACUAUGCGCUCAAUACGAGAUCGAUUUAGGGGCGAGAGACGAGCUCGUUCAAGCUCUUACUCUGCGCGCUGAAUCAGCUGAAAAGGAAAGAGAGAAAAGCAAGACCGUCUUGCGUACUUGGAAGAAGAAGGCAGGGGAACUAGAACGCAUGUGUCGUACCCUCGAAGAAGAAGUCGAUACUUCCCGCCAAGAAAGCCUAGAACGCAGCGUCAUGGACGAAGCCAGCGGCGAAGCACUCCGUAUGCUUCAUCGCCAGAUCUCACAGCUCGAACGCGAGAAGGAAGCACUCCAAGAACACUCCCUCCUUCGCGAGAAAGAUGCCGAGCUCUUAACGUUGCGCGAAGAGAUGACGCCACGGGAUGAUGCAGAACGCGAGCUGCGCGAUGGGAUAAGAGAAGCAAAGGAACAGAUGGAUCACCUGACGGUCAAUAGCGCACGCUCUUCAAUGGCAGAAGAAGCGCUCAUCCUAGCAGCUGAGGAGGAACGAGAGAGGCAUCAAACCAUCGAACUCGCAUGGGCAGAAGAGCGCGCACGAAUGCUCGAUGCGCACACAAUGGACAAGAACGCUCUCACAGCCGACUUGGAGCGUAUCAAGACGGAGCACGACGCAGCCAACCAAGAAAGGGCCGCCCACAUCGAAGACCUCCACUCCGAAAACGAAGCCCUCAGAUCCUCCCUCGAAGAACAAGAAACCAAGAUCCUAAGCAUGGAAGAAGAAUGGAGUCAAUCCAUCAACCACAUUUCCGAACUCCAACUCGCUAACGAAGAGCACACAAACCGCAUCAAAGACCUAACCUCCGAACUCACUUUCGCACACGAAAACAUCUCCCGCCUCGAAACCAACAUCCUAGAGCACACAACUACAAUCGCUACUCUAACAACCACUCUCCUCACCAACACCGAAACAACCGAGUCUCUCCGCGGCGAACUCGCCUCUCUCAAAGUCUCUUCUAACCGCACCAUCAGCGCCCAAACGCACCAGCUCGCCGACCUCCAAACCCAAACCCAAGACCAGUCCAAACAACUAGAGGUAGCGCUGCGCGACAAAGCAGAGAGCGAUAUCAGACUAAGCACGAGUAAAGAGCGCGUGAGUAGUUUGAUGGAUGAAGUGGCUAGGUUGAGGAGGACGGUGCAUGAGAUGCAGCAGGAGAGCGCUGCGAGGGAGGUUAGCUUUGUGCAGUUGAGGAAGGAGAGGGAGAGGGAUAGGGAGGAUGUUAAUGGGUUGAAUAUCGCGUUGGAUGCGAAGCAGCAGGAAUUGGAACUCAUCAAGAGGAAGAUAGCAAUGAAAGCACCAGUAACGCCCGCACCCCCUCCAACCCGCACCAUCCGACGCGAAAGCAUGAUCGGAACUCCAUCCAUGUCCGCCACAACUACAUCAUCCCGUCCUGCUUCAUCCAUGUCGGACGUCUCCAAAGCAUCAGACACGCCUAGCACAGCACCGAGAGCGAGUCUUGGUGCUCUUACACGGAGCGGGCUGGGAAAAUGGGUCCUCCACCUGCGAAAUCUGCCCGAGCGUCGUUGGCUACGCCUACUCCGACACAUACACGUGUGUCUCUAG